AGCAGGGUCUGGGGAAGAAGGGAGCCGCGCACACGCCUGCCUGCCUCUCUCUGCCCAAGCCGGCCCGCUGCCUGCUGCCUUCCCCCUCCUUCCUUCCCCGGGGGCGGUUGCAAAAGCAGCAGCUGCACCAGGGACCGUUGCCAAGGCUGGUAGAGAGGCACGGAGUUCGGGCUGGAGAUAAGAACCGAGCAGAGCAGCCCCUCCAGCGGAGGAGGAGGGGAAAGAGGCAAGCAGGCAGACGCACACCCACAGCCACCCCCCGCCCGGGACACUGCACAAGAGAGAUCCAUAAAGGGGCUGAAGAACUGGAGUCACCAUCAAAGGCUGGCGAGGGACUCCCUCCCCUGCACAUACAUGCAAACUGGACCCCAAGACUCCUCUUCCUCCACCCGGAGCUUUUUUUUUUUAAACAAGUCAGUCAGGACCUUUGGAAAGUGACUGAAGGCAAUUCUGUCCUCUUUCCUCCAACUGACGGGGGCAAAAACAAACAAACAAAAAAGACUGCGUGUGAUUAGUAGUUGUUGCCUCUUCCCUGCUUGAUGUAAGCAUCGUGAAACACAUCUCCUCUGUAAAGAUUUGGGAAGUUUUGAUUGUCGUCUUGUGCAGGCAACGAAAAGAAAGGAGUGGGGGGGGUGGCAGCAGCAGCAGCUUCCUAGGAAAUCCUCCUUGAGUGCUAAGGAGAAUAAGCGCACUCAUCAUAAUACAAGGAUACAUCUGGACCCUGACUGCAUUUCCUGGUUUCCCUAGCGCGAAGAUGCUGUCCUACAACGUGCUGGAUGCUAAUGUGGUGGACGUGGAAAAAAGGCGAAAUCCCUCCAAGCACUAUGUUUAUAUCAUAAAAGUAACAUGGUCAGACUCGACUUGUCAGACGAUCUACCGCAGAUACAGCAAGUUCUUUGAUCUCCAGAUGCAGCUUCUGGAUAAAUUCCCCAUUGAAGGAGGUCAGAAAGACCCCAAGCAGAGAAUCAUCCCUUUUCUUCCAGGUAAAAUUCUGUUCCGGAGAAGUCACAUUCGAGAUGUUGCUGUGAAAAGACUAAAGCCCAUUGAUGAAUAUUGCAGGGCAUUGGUGAGGCUUCCCCCUCACAUUUCACAGUGUGAUGAAGUCUUUCGAUUCUUUGAGUCAAGACCAGAGGACGUAAACCCUCCUAAGGAGGAUUAUGGAUCCUCAAAAAGGAAAUCAGUUUGGAUGUCCAGCUUAUCUGAUUCUCCAAAGAAGGCUUUUGCAGGUGCUGACGCGAGCUCUGAACCCAUGAUCUUGGAGCAGUAUGUGGUGGUGUCGAACUAUGAGAAACAGGAGAACUCUGAAAUCAGCCUGCAGGCUGGAGAAAUUGUGGAUGUAAUAGAGAAAAAUGAAAGUGGUUGGUGGUUUGUAAGCACUUCGGAAGAGCAGGGCUGGGUCCCUGCCACAUACCUGGAAUCCCAAAGUGGAAUUAGAGAUGAUUCUGAAAUUAACAUGUCCAAAGGAGGGGAAGUUUCUAAGAGACGCAAGGCUCACCUGAGGCGCCUGGACCGGCGAUGGACGCUGGGAGGGAUGGUCAACAGGCAGCAGAGUCGAGAAGAGAAAUAUGUCACAAUCCAGCCAUACACCAGCCAGGGAAAGGACGAGAUUGGGUUUGAAAAAGGAGUCACUGUGGAAGUUAUUCAGAAGAACCUGGAAGGAUGGUGGUACAUAAGAUAUUUAGGCAAAGAGGGCUGGGCCCCAGCAUCAUAUCUGAAGAAAGUGAAAGAUGACCUUCCAUCUAGGAAAAAGAACUUAACAGGCCCAGUGGAAAUUAUUGGCAACAUCAUGGAGAUCAGCAACCUGUUGAACAAAAAGUCCUCUAGUGACAAGGAAACCCAAUCAGAAAUUGAAACAGCAGAAUCCCACAUCACCAAGAAGGAAAUAAGUUUGCCAAUCUUAUGCAAUGACUCUAAUGGCAAUGCAAUGGUGACUCAAGAGAAGCAGAUUUCAAAACUGGCACAGGGAUCCCCAGCCAUUGCACGGAUUGCACCACAAAGAGCUCAGAUAAGUUCUCCAAAUCUCAGAACCAGGCCUCCUCCAAGAAGAGAAUCUAGUUUGGGCUUCCAGCUACCCAAACCCCCUGAGCCACCAUCCGUGGAAGUUGAAUACUAUACAAUUGCAGAGUUCCAGUCUUGUAUUUCUGAUGGAAUAAGCUUUCAUGGAGGACAAAAGGCAGAGGUUAUUGAUAAGAACUCAGGUGGCUGGUGGUAUGUGCAGAUUGGUGAAAAAGAAGGCUGGGCUCCAGCAUCAUACAUUGACAAAAGGAAGAAACCCAACUUAAACAGGCGGACUAGUACUCUGACCAGACCCAAAGUACCUCCCCCAGCACCUCCCAAUAAACCAAAAGACUCUGAAGAAGGAACAGGUGCUGGAACCAUAUCUCCAGGAGAUGCUCAGGACUCCCCACACAAGCAAAAAUAUGAAGAGCCAGAGUAUGAUGUGCCUGCCUUUGGUGUUGACUCAGAAUCUGAGCUAAGCCAGGGAGAAGAUGGCAACUUAGAAAAAGGCAUGUUCCAGCUAUCCAAGCCUUCACCUGUGUCAUCCCUCCAAAGGGCAACAUUCCGAGUUGGAGAGUCUUCUGAGGAUGUGGCCCAUGAAGAAGAGACAAUUUAUGAAAAUGAAGGAUUCAGACCAUACAUAGAAGAUGCUCUGUCAAGCAAAGAAUCCAGUGGAGACUCUGAUUCUCAAAGAAGUUCCUCAUUGUCUUUGAUCCAAAGAAACUCUCCACGUUCUGUCUCUCCUAAAUCCUCCCUCCUGAAACCAAAAAAUGACAAGAGCAUUCCGCCAAACAUUGGGAAGCCUCACUACUCCAGGAACGAGGAAACAAAGCCAAGGUCAGCCUCUGAUGCUGGCUUAAGUGGUGGGCCCAAGUCAGGCAUAAAGCGGGAUUCUGGGGAAACCAUGUCAGGCAGAGCAAAACCAAUGGUGAGGCCAAAACCUUUCCUGAACAAAGCAGACUCUCAAAGCCAAGAAAGAAUGGACAUCAGUACUUUACGGCAUCAGCUAAGACCAACUGGACAACUCAGAGGUGGACUUAAAGGUUCAAGAAGUGAAGAGUCUGAAAGUCCACCUCAGACAGCUUCUGGAAACCCAGAAGAGUCCUUGAGAAGAAGCUCAGCAGAUUUCAUCACAUCUUCUUCCCAUGCCAUAUUCUGCUCCAGCCAGUCAAGCAAGGCAGAGCAUGAAAACAACUCAAAAUGUCUCUACAUAACUACUGACUCUUACCAGAAAGUUCAAGAUUCUGAGAUCAGCUUCCCAGCAGGAAUAGUAGUGGAAGUGCUAGAAAAACAAGCAAGUGGAUGGUGGUAUUUGAAAUAUGGAGACAUAGAAGGCUGGGCUCCUUCUCACUAUUUGGUUCCCUCUGAUAACCAACAACAAGAAACCACUGCCAAUGAGACAAACAUUUCGCUGGCCAGGAACAGAAGGAAUGAAAACAAAUCAAAUAGCUUGGAAAAGAUAGAGAAGAAAGUCCAGGCACUGAACACCAUUAACCAGAACAAAAGAGCAACACCUCCCAUUCCCAACAAACCACCCGGUGGGUUCUCCAAAACCUCUGGGUCUGUCAAAUUGCGCAAUGGAGUUAGACAGCUAGCAGUGAGGCCCCAGUCAGUGUUUGUCUCCCCACCACCAAAGGAUAAUAACCUGUCUUGUUCCCUUCGUAGGAAUGAGUCUCUUACUGCCACAGACCACCUGAGAGCAAUACGCCGUAAUUCUUCUUUCAGCACUAACCAAUCCCAGAUGAGUGAUUCUAAGAUGAAACAAGCUGAUCGACUGGGUUCUGAGGGGUCCGAAAGCACCACCUGCCUGCCUACUGAGCGGAAUGGAAUCCCAGUGUCUACAGUCAGGCCCAAGCCCAUUGAGAAAUCUCAGUUCAUUCACAAUAACCUUAAGGAUAUCUACAUCUCCAUUGCAGAUUAUGAGGGGGAUGAAGAAACUGCUGGAUUUCAGGAAGGUGUCUGUAUGGAGGUACUGGAAAGGAACCCAAAUGGCUGGUGGUACUGUCAGAUCAUGGAUAGUGGGAAACCUUUUAAAGGCUGGGUACCCUCAAAUUAUUUGGAGAAAAAGAAUUAGAGUUGCAAUGUCUUUAAAUGUUCUAAUUUAUACUUUUCUACGGUGUACAUAUGGCGCCGCCAUAAUGGCAGGAGGGAAAGAUAGAGAGAUGCAUUUCCUUUUAUUGAACGUACAAGUGACUGUUGAAUUGAGCUUUGCUUUGAACAGAAAGUUUGGCAUGUUUGAAAGUGUGCUGUGUUUAAAGGAAUCAACUUGUCCAGCAAAUAUCAAGAAAAGGCAGCCGAAAGAACGCUUUCUCCUUUUUGAUGAAGUCAUUCACAAUUUGUGUACAACAGGGUACAUUAUCCCAUUGUCCUGGUUGUAAUAAUUGGAAACCAAAUGUGUGCCUUUCACAAUAUAUUUUGAACCUAUGUGUUCAUUUGGGAAUGGUAGGGAGUCUGGUGCCAAACCUGGACAUGUUAAAAAAUUUCAGCCAGUUCACUUCUUCCAUGUGGAAUGUGUGUAAGUGUUUUUGAAGCUGUUAAUGGUUCCCCCAAGAUGACUUUUCAAGUGUGCAGAGCAAGUGGGGAAACUCCUUCAAGAAAUUCUACUCUGACCCUCAGCCAUUGCAUCUUCUCGCCCGAUGGUUGUUUGAAGACUUGGAGCCUUUUCACUAUGCAUUGUUGGUAGCAGACUCUAUCAUAUAUAUUGCCCAAUUCAUCCCAAUGGCAUCCACAGUGCACUUCUCCUGUGGUGUUCUCUGCAUCUCUGCAUCUUUUGCCUGUUGGGAAAGGGUUAGGUUUUCUCUUUCUUUUUUUAAAACUUGGAAUUUGACAUGUACUAAAACCUUACGUGGUUCUAAGUGUUUGUAAACAGACUAAAAUUAUGCUUUGUACCCACCCACCCUUUGUGCACACCGGUCUCAAGAUGUAAAGUUUUGCUUUUGAAGGCUCCUGAACAACCAAUAUAGAUACUACUUCAAGAGUUUUUGCCACAUACCCCAGUUUGAACUGAUAGUUGUUCAGAGUCCCAUGGACUGUGCAGUAGCAAAGCCAUAUAUGAGCAUGGGGAAGCUUCAUAGUUGAGAAGGGGAAGACUGUUGCACAAAUUGUUCCCCCUUUGUUCAAGGCCUGUCAGGAGUUGACUGGCUGAGCAACUGGUUGGCAGCAUAAGCCUUAGUCAGAGAAAAGGAAGCUUCUCAAGCAACCUGGGCCAUCUCUUUUGCCCUGAGUGACGCUUCAAAGGCUUGUACCACCUUGCCUAGCCUUCUCCAAUAAUUAUGUGUGCCUCUUGAAGCUGUGCUCCUUAGACCCAUUAGUCCCCCACCUGUUGCAGCCGUGCUCUUGCUGCCUUGUUGGGAUGGGGCUUCUCCCUGCACAUGGCCAUUCUGUGAAAGCAAGAACCAGCACCCAGAAUUUUCUUUGCACAACACAUCCUGAUAAUCACGAUACACCCCACAGAGAAAAAUGUGUUGAAUUGGCCCUGAAUGUUGCAGAAAUGACUGGAAAUUGCUUCCACAUAAUAGGUCCUGUGUACUGUAGGUGCUUCCCAUGCUUUCCUAUGUAGGGAAGAAUGCAUUUCUGCAAAUGGAUUGAACCCCCAAUGUGCAUUAAAAAUAUUUCCUUUCUUAUGGAAUAGAAUAGUGAACACUUCUGUUUAAAAAGCUUCAUGUGCAUCACAGUGAAUUGCCCAAUCCGGCUAUGCCCUGCAUGUGCAAGAGCCUCUGUGUGCACAUGCAGAUUCUGUAUGUGUAUGCUCCCUGUGCACUUGGUUAGAGGGGUGAUAUUACAAAUGUAUCCCAAUUACACAUGGCAGAAUUGUCCUUGCAUUGAAAUGCAGGGGAGGGGGUGCUAUUGUGGGAGUUGUAUGUAUCUAUCUGCCCACCAAGAUUGGAAUCAAAAGCAAUAUGUUUAGACCUGGGUUAAUAACAUUGAAAAUAAUAGAUUGCAUGCCUCAGUACAAGUGGGGAGACAGGACAUGCUUUGCAUUUAAGUGUCAUUUCCAAACAUGCUCAGAAGCAUCUGUGUUUACAAGGUGGGGGAGGGUGGAGGAAAAAGCCAUGGAUUUUACAGUCUGCACAGUCUUUUAGUCUGUAUAUUGUGGAGUGGGCGGUGGGCGGGGGGUGUUGUCAUUUUGGCUUAUGGACAUCUAAGUCCUAAACAUUGUGUUUAAGAGCACACAGUAGGAAACACUCUUCAUGUUGUAGUCAUUUGAACAUUAAUUUUGUAAUGGAGUUCAGAGAGAGCACCUGAGCAUUUCAGACUAAGUGAAUAAGAGCAUUAUUAGACCAAGAAGUGCUCCCUAAGAAGAGCGAACUCUUGUGUGUUCACUCAUCCUCAUCCCCCCUCCUUGCUUUUUAUGGUUUCAGAGACUUUAAAGUGUGACACUUUGUGGAGACAUGUGAAAAAGAUUUAACCACUGGGGAAAGGCUUGGGGUUCAAAGUGCCUCAAAACCCUAUAAUUGUAAAACAAAUGCCAGAAGCCUUUGCUUAAGAAUAUUGGAGAUGGGACAAGAGUUUGUCAUCAUAUUGAGGCUCAGCAUUAUGUGUGCUGAAAGAAGAGAACCCAGUGGGUUUCACUGCAAGCAUUAGACGGAAUGAUGGACAACUUUCAUGUUCCGGCAACCAGUUGGAAGAUAAAAUGGCAGGGAGAUUUUAAUUCGCUCCAAACGGAGAUUAACUUCCAAAUAAUUAAAUAUUGAAUAUGUUAUAAAGAGAUAUUAUUUCUUUCCCAAAAUUACACAAAUCUUGCUUGAUUCUUGUCUUGUGGUUUUUUUAAAAAAUUGUGUGUUACUUGUAUUAAAUUAUGACACCGGUCAAGGAAUUGAUUUCUGCAACUUCUAAGACACCAUUUAAGUCUGUGAUCCCUGCCCUCUGUUCUACUGCUCUUUGUUAAAUCAGCAUGGAAAAGGGGAUAAUUUGGGGAAAGAGGGGACACAACAGACCUGUGGAACUCCAAGAAACAUGGAUGGGAGAAGAUGGUUAUCUACACUCUAGUGCAAAUAAAAAUGGUGUGGAUUUUGUCCUAAGCAGCCAAACCCAUCUUAAAAGCUUUUCUUCCUGAGGCCUAGCAGCUCUAAGUGUUGGUUGCUUCCCUCCAUUGUUAAGUUCUACUCAAAUGUUUGCAGCCAUUAAAGGACUGCCAGAGCUGCUGUGAGAUUAUAAAUAGAAGUAUUGUAUUCUUCUGCUGGACAGUAUUAAAUAGAGCAAAACAUAGAGUAAUCUGCUAGACUGCAGUACUAAUAGUAGUGAUUUAGCCACUCAUAUUAAUGUUUAUGAUUUAUUUUUUAACAAUAAUGAUAAGGAAGUGGUUCAUUAUUUUGAAUUAAUGCACUUUAUCAAUUAAACCAAAAUGCAGAAAAUCAAGUGCAUUAUUUAAAGGUGCAGUAUAUAAUUAUCAUUUUUUGAAGUUCACCUAUUUAUUAAAAUAAUUUAUGAUUAUUUAAAAAUUGUACUAUACAGUUUGUUCUAAAGAUGCCAUCAUCUCUUGGGAGAGCUAAAAGUGCAGCUCCCAAAAUCUUUACAUUGAGCCUUUGGACUCUCAAAAUACAAUAGAUUCAGUUAGCAAGAAUUAAAUUUCUGCCAAGGGAAAGGGACAAAAACUUCUAACGGGAGAACAGCCAGCAAUGUGCCUAAAUAUGUACAGUCCUGAAGAAUUGCCUAUGAGGAGCUGAUCCUGAACAGAGAUCACAAGAUCUCGGGAAAGGUGGUUUGUCCCCCCCACCCCACCCCCACCCAAUAGUAUAGUGCUAAAUACAUCUAGGGUACUAAUUGAGAUGUCCAUUUUGUAUUCUGGUGCUUCCCUGCACUUCAUUUAUGACGAUCAGCCAUUCUCCAUUUGUAACAUAUAUGGAGGAUCAACAUAUGCUAAAUUGAUAGUUCUAAAGAUGCUUCUCCAAGUUCCCUCUAUGAAAAUAACUUAUUUACUGCCGCAUCUUAAACUGUAUGACUUGCCCAUUUCUUUUUCAAUGAGAGAUGUGGGGGUUUGUUUGUUUUUUGCUCUGUCUCUGUAUGUCACUACCACCCAUAUAACCACAUGCAUUCUUUGCAGCUCCAUACUUAACAUGUGGGUAUUACCGGACAAUAAUGGUUUCUUUCUCAUUAUGUAGAGACCAGUUGCCUACCAAGAAUUUUUCUUAAGCUUUAUAAAAAUGCUUAAGCAGUCGGGCCUUUCACAUCUUAAAUAGCCAACCCUCGAUUGGCCCAACAAAAGUGCUCAGGAGCCAAUUCACAAUGCCCUUAAAAAUAAAAAAAAAGAAAGCAAACAUGGGAACAGAAUUUUGGAUGAGUGGCAAAUUUGCCUUUUGAGUUUAGCUCAUUUCGCUCUGUGUCCAGCUGUCAUUCUGGAUUCUACAUCUUAUUUUCUACACCAAGAAAUUAAUCUUCUUAGGCAUCAUUAGAGUAGCCUGGAGCUUAAUUCAUUAUAUAUGAAAGUAUGAUUCAAAUUAAGGAAACGGGUGGAGAGUAAAGAAAACUAGCAAGCACCUUCGUAAUAUAGUCAGUUUCACUGUUUCCCGCAUGUAAUGUAUCCUUUCCCCCCACCCACCCCCAGAGACUGUAGGUGUUAGUUCAUAUAGGAAACUUAGGGGGGAGGAGAAAUGAACUGGAGCAUUUAAUUUGCAGAGCCGUCUAGAUUCACAACUGUUCUUAAGUGACUAAUCUUAAUUAUCUCCCUGUGGAAAAAUAUUUCCCAACAUAUACAAGUCCUCCUCAAAAAUGGCUGUAGUAUUUGGAGAAAAAUUGUCUUCUGUUUUGUGAUUUGGGGUGGUGGUGGUGUCAAAACCCAGGUGACUUUAAAAAUAGAUCUUUUAAAUAUGACUGAAUCAUUUUUAAAAUUCAUCUGUAGUACUUUCAGAUUAUUAAUCAAUUUAAAAAUUCUCUAGGGAGCCUACUGAAUAAAAUAUUUUGUGAAGUCAGAGUGUCCUUUUGUGGGUGGAGGAGUGGCUUCUAAUUUUCUUCCUCAUCAUUUGUGAUUGCCUUGGUCAUCCAUGCUUUGGGAAAAAAAUAUAGAAACAGAAAUGAUUGAGAUAGGAAAAAUCAACACAAAGCUUAAAUUUUUUACAAAAUCCAUAAAUUUGAAACUGUUCUGCUGUAUACUGCAACUUUAAUAAUAAUGAGCACUUCUGAGUUCGUUAUUGCGGUUUUAUAUAAUGCCUGAAAAUAUACUUUUGCCAUUUUUCUAAAGUCUAAUGAACACUACAUUUGAAACGUAUUAUCGUUUGACUCAGCUUCCAUAUACUUGUUGCCCUUUAUAACAGGCCUAGUUCUCUUGAUGAGAUGGCAAACUGUACCUUUUUGACUACACUGCUUUAGAUUGCAAGUGGGAGCUCUCAUGCUUGAAUGAUCUACAGAAUUAAAAAAAGAAAAACAAACAAUCCUGUACAUAGAAUAUGUUAAUGUUUUGUGUGUGUACAGUAGAACAUUCAGACAUGUAAGCCUCCACUUAGCAUCUGACAUGGUACACUUAAGAUACAGGCCUCAUCUUCUGUUCUAUGAGAACUGUGCCUAACUGAAUCUUGAUGCCUGCUAAACCAUACAUUAGAAAGGCUAGGCUGGGAUCCAAGGAUCUGCUUAGACUUCUGCAAGGGGCCCAAUGAAUUUCUUUCAAGUUCCCUUGAACAACCGACACACCCUUCCAGGGGCCAUAUCUCAAAUUGCUUAUGAAAGUUUCCUCCAUUUCUGAAUAGUUUGCCGUAUUGUAUGGGGUGGGGAUUGUUGAGGAAAAACAAAUACAACGCUUGCCUGGGCUUCUGGAACUCGUUUCACCGUUCUUUGGUGCCUGGCCCAAUUUUCCUGUGGCUGAUGUCUUUGCCAAACCCACCCCUUUGCAACAAGAAAAAAUGGGCAUAUGGAUUCUUCAACAUAUUUGCAAGGAAUUAAGUCCUAUUGAUUUCAAUGAAACUUACUUCCCAGCAAAUAUGCACAGGAUCACAGCCUUGACUGAGCUCAAACUAGUUUUCAAAUGAACACUUUUCAAAUGCUCCUUUGUACAAGUGACAAGUAGCAUUACACAGAGCAAAGACCAGCUAAUUCAGGCCUAGAUUCUGAGACAGGCAAAACUGUGCAUAUGGAUUUCAAGUUUACAUGGCAGCAACAAAGAGUUUAAUUUUUCCCUAAUGAAAAAAUUCCAAAAGCUUCCCUCAGUAGCAACACUGAACAUUUUGACGAAGGCAUUAUAAAAUUGUGUGUUUAACUACUUUAAGAUAUUAGUGUGGCAUAUUUUAUUGUAAAAUAUAUUCAUUGCUUUUCUCUGUUAGAAAUGUGUUACUGCUUUCUAUCAUUUAUGAGAAAUGGAAGGGAAUCUGGUAAAGCAUUCAUUAUUGUCAUAUUAUUAGCAUUUAAAGAUAGAAAUAGUAUUUAAGUUUAGAUCUCCUUAGCUAGUUCAUUCAUUUAAAUUUAUCUGUUGUAUUUGUUUAUAUUUCUUCCCAAAUAUUUUGCAUUCUCAAGAUAAAAUCCAAUGAGAGGAUAUGUGCAAUAUUGAAAGAAGAAACAGGCCCCUCAUCCAGGAUGUGAAGUGGAAAGCACAGUGUGAUUCUUUUUCAAAUCUUGUCAUUCAAUUGUGCACUCUUAGAAAAGAAGUGGGGAUUGAGAAGGAAGUGAAUGAGCAACUGAUGAGGAGGAUUUCUGGUGCAAACAGACUGCAAAUGUGAGUUUAUGAUGGCUGUGUUUGGUGGCUGUAUGGGUGGAUCAUAUUCAGGCAGAAGUGUGAGGAAUGUUUGUGAACAUUGACAGUAGCUGUUCAGUUUCCCCACUCCCACCCCAAUACACAGUAUUUAAUUUUCUCUCUUAGGGAAUUAUUUGUUCAGCUACAUACAUUUUGUUCAACAAAGCUGCUAUCGUUUAAUAUGGAAUAGAUGCUGCUGUCUGUUAGCAAAGUACUUAAAUACAAAAAAGAUUAAUUACCUGCUUGAAGUACAUCUUGUCAAAUAACCUCAUGAUAGCGUAGUAUUUAGUGCCUUUAAGAACUGAGCCCAUUGAAGGGGAAGAUAUUUAUUUUGCUGCAAUUCUAAUUUCAUCUCUUUUCUGAUGAUAACCGUUGGAAAGUUCUCUGUCAAUUAUUGGCCGGCCCUUUUGGGCUCUGUUUCAUUUUUGAAAUCUCCCCACCACCAAGCUAGCUAAAGAAUGAGGUGGUUAGAGAAACUGGUUUGCUUUGCAUCAAAAUAGGAUUUGCUGUUGAUCGUUGUUUUCUUUAAAGCAAAGCUUUUGAUUUUUUAAACCUGAGCUGCUUAUAUUUCACUAAGUAAUUAAUUUCAUUACACACACUUUAAAUGACUAUCUCUGGGAGGUAUCCUACUGGAUUAAUGCCCUCUUCUCUUUAGCAAUAAUUCCCCCCGCCCGCAAUUCUUAAAUUGAUCUUUCUGAGCUUUGUUGACACAAAAUAUAGCAGGCAUCUUAUUUCAACUCAAGAAUGUAUAGCUGAACAAAAUACCUCCCUACACUUAAUCUGGAAUUGCAAUUGUAGUAGCAACAAAAUUUAAGGGUGAUGACACCAGACUGGUCUUCUUCAGUUUAAUUCCGUAACUAGAUCCUAUGUAGGAACAUUCUGAUGAUUUUGCAGUGUGUGUGUGUGUGUGUGUGUGUGGUUUUUUUCUCUUUUUUUAAGCAAUUAGUCCCAUGAGCUGCAGGCUUUAGUUUCAGAAGAUCCUCUGUGUUUUGCUUCAUGAAAUUCUAAUUUUACAGGCACAUAAAAGAAGUUAGCAAUGGGAAUUACACUGCUGACCGUAACACUAUAUUUUAAAUAGCAACUCAAUUUCUGCUGCUAAAGAAGAAUCCAUCUGGCACAAUCCAGGCCUCCUAGGAAAUCUAGGUAUACAUGUUUGCAAUUAAAUCAGGGGUACUGUACAUAAUAUAACAAUUUAACAGGUACGGAUUGGGAGAGCUUGAGUUUAUUUUGUAAAUAGUUUUGCUUAGUUUUACUUUAAGGAUAUGGGGUUGUUUUUUUCUUGGUAGAUGUACAGAGAUCACUGAUAAAUAUAUUGAAGAUUUACCAAGUCCUAAAAUAAUUAAAUGGGCUUCAUGUUCUUAUGCCAAGGUUUCUGUUGGCAUUUAAUGCCAAGGUUUCUAUCAUCUACCAUCUCUGUCCAUCAUAGGGUUGGGGUGUUGGUAUUUUGGGUUAAUCCUUAAAUCAAGCACUGUAUUUGUGACCAUUUCCAGCGUCUUUGGAGGUCAGUGAAUUAGAGCUUCCUAUGCAGGCCCUUCUGUUGUUGCUCAACCUCAAUGUCUCUGCAUUUAAUAAAUGCAGAGCCAUUUGGCGAACAAUUAAGAGAUCCCUCAUUUUUGGAGGGGCAUAUAUAAGGUGUGUGUGUGUGUGUGUGUGUGUGUGUGUGUGUGUGUGUGUGUUGAUCUAAUAUCCUUGCUAUAUGAGUAUGUUUUGCAAGCCUGUUGUGAGCAUGGCUCCUAUUUGGAAUAUAAAUGUUGUGGGUGUUCCUCCUAAAUGUGAUAAGAUCUCUCAGGCUCAACACAUGUUCAGUGUAAAUGGGUUCCUUUAAAUCAAUGCCUUACAAGGUGGGCUGGCCCCACACAGCAUUAUUGUAUUUUUUUAGUGAGUGCAAUUAUUUCUUUAAAACCAAAAUUGACUAAAAGUUUCACACUGUCCUUGUGCUUGCACUUCCCCCCUCCACCUGUGCAACACAAUAGCCACUGCUGUCUUGUGCUGAGAUUCCUGUCUGUUACAAAAUCCAAAAGAUGGAGGGGAGACUGUAAUACUUUAGUAAUGGUCAAAAGUCAUAACUGGAUCAUGACUAAAGAGGAAUAGAUUUUGCUGUUUUUCAGAACAAUUUAAAAUGGGAAUAGGUUUUUUUUAAUAAUACAAUUUUAUUACUUGACUUGACACUGUGGGUGCUUUUUUGUGUAUUUCUGUGUUAAAAUGUACCAUUGCUCUGUGUUCAGCAGUGUCUCCCAGUAUUGUCAAAGCUCAGUUUUAAUGUAUCAUCAUAAGAUUGAAAUCUACAUUCUGAAGUUCAUAAUCCAAAGAGGUAAGGCAGUAUGUAAUAUUUUUAUAUUUUGCAAGAAGUCUUCUACAUCUUGGGGAGGUCUUGGAGAAGCUCAAAGAAUGAUUGAAGCUGGCAUGAUGGCAUAUUCUAUGUUGUGUUUAGGCGAGCCUCUAACCAAGGGGGUCUGCUUGUCUUGAAAAAGAGAGCGACCCAGCUGGUAAUCUCACAUUUUCCAUCAUUUUAAAACUUACCUUCAGGGUGUGCUAGCUUUGCAAAAAAAGCAAUAACAAAAGGUGUUUAGACACUUAAGACAACUAAAAUGGGCUGCUUUUGCUCUCUGAUUUGUUAGAAAUCUUCCAAGUAGUAGAGUCUUGUCGUCCCAUCCUCUUUUAAUUGUUGUCUAGCAUAAGGAAAAUGUUAGAGGUCUGAGAGAGCAUGUUGGUAAAGUGAUGGUGAAGCAUGUGUGGUUGUGGUCCCUGAGCUGCGUGAUAGAAAUGGGCAGGGGAAUUGUGUUGGAUGUAACUUGUUUCAAUAGGAAGGUGUUUUCUUGAAGCAGGAUUGGUUACUGUGGCAGUGCAAGUUGAAGACUGAGUAUUUUAUAUGGGGUUUUUUGUUUGUAAGGAAGGAUUCAGGAGGGAAUCGAUGUGGGAUGCAUUUUGGAGACAGAAAAUAAAGGGUCCAUACCAGAAGAGGAAGAAAAUGGGUUAAGACAAGGAGAGCAAAUGUCUAAGAAUCAGCUAAGCUCUUUGGCUAAUCAAGAAGUUAAUAGUGCUGGGUACUGUCCAUAAAUGGAUGGUUUAAUUUUUUGGAUAUCACACUCAGAGCUGAACUUUAUUAAAUUUAGCCCUUGGUACAGCUAAAACAAAAAUGGAUUUUUAAAAGAAGUAAAUGUUAUACAGUACUGUCCUAGUCUUAUGUUCCUUAUCAAAGAUGACAGUGAAUUAAAAGAAAAAUAUUGGAAUAAAAUAAAAUUGUAUAGUAAAUGGGCUUCUGAAAGACUACAUUGCCACUGUCACUGACAAAAGCCAUGUGGGUCAAGUAUUGCGUGCUCAAAUCAGUGCACCUCUUACAAGAAAGAGCAAUUGUGGUUAAAUUGCAUUGCAAUUAGUACCACCAUUUCUGUAAUGGUGACUCUGGAGAUACGGUGGUCUAAAUACAGUAUACCACAUUAAUCUGUAAUACACCAAAACAAAAUGUCAGUAAAGAGCAAUGCUUGUUAGAUCUACCUUGGCUCCUACUUGGAUUUUUUUAAAUAUACUGUCCUCUGUUUACAAAAAAGGUCUUGAUUAUUUUAAGAAUUGAGUGAUUAAAAAUGUGAAUCGUUAUCAUGAUUAGAAUAAUCUGAAAACAGAAAUACAGGUUAGCCAUAGCAGCAUGUGAACUGGUGAUUCGGUUCUGUGAUGGUGACUGAAAGUGGAGUUAGGAAAAGGCUGUCUUUUACUCCAGGAUGAUUAAUCUAUAGUCAGAAGUCUUUUGAACACUCCUUAAGACCUAUAAUGCAUAUGAAUCUCUCCUACACAUCAGGAUAUAUUUGUGGACAUGUUCAUUACCUGUUAGACAAAAAGAGGCUGCCUGUGCCUGUGCCAAAAUUCCCAGCCUGUGUGUUCACCAGUAGAUGCCUAACUCUAACCUAAUUAGAAUUGUAGUGGUGUCGAAUCAACAUAAAUGCAUACACAUCACACCUAGAUGGAUCAGUUUAUAUUUGAGUGGUGUAAGCAGAUUUUUAAAAGUUCCUACAUUUGGAAUUGGGGACAUGUGCAUUACACUGAUUUAUAGACACACAUUCAUAGGAAAAUAUCAUCAAAUCUUCUUUGACAGAUCUGUUCUGUGAUAGUGUUGUUGGCAUCUGUAUACUUGAUUAUUACUGAAAGAUGCAGAAAGAAAGAAAAAGAAAGAAAGAAAGCUGAAAGGCAUGGAGCUCCGUAUUGAGUUUUAUCCAGCAACCAUCUGGCAUUAAUGAUGCUUGACAAAUUAACUGAUUUGUCUGUUUCACAUGGAAACUACAUUUUUGUGUAUGUUUUGACCCCACAAAACAUUGGUGGGGUGAGACAAGUGUCUUUGCUAUAUUUUUUUAAUGUCACUUCAGAUCUUUCAGAAUGUGUGCUCCUUAGAGGGUAGAACAGUGGACUAACUGUGGAGGUGGCACUCCAAAGAAGGAAAUACCAUCUAUUAGGCCAAAUUCUGGAUCAAAACAAAAUCCCUGGAUUAGAAAACAUUCCAUACUGCAUAGGAUUCUGGAUAGUAAGAAGAUCUUUCUAAGAACACACAUGUACACACACACACAUACACACAGAGCCCAACUUUACAAGAUCCCCAAAUGGUCAAUUUGGGAGGUGAUGUUUUCAGAGGCACCAGACAAGCAAUUGGAAUUUGAGAUGUGCCCUACAGGAUCCCUUGUAAUAUACUAGGAGAUGCUGAGGCACAGCUCUCAUAUUGUGCACACCUACACUUGGGGAUUAAGCCAAGCACCUGCUGUGAUCUUGGUGUCUUUACAUAGAAUGACAAAUUUAUUUGGUCACCCUUAAUAAACAUGCAUACAUCAGGUUGUGUCCUAAGAACGUUCGUCAUGAUUAACUUGCGUUGCAUUAGUUUCAUUGGGAUGUAGGGUUUCUAACUUGCUUAGGAUACAACUAAUUAUAAGACAGGCUUUAUAAGGGACUGUUGAGAGUGCAGAUUGCAGUCACGUAUUUUAUUCCCAGGUUUUUGCAAUGUGAAACCACAGUAUACUAUUCAAUAUGUCUCAGGCAGAGAUAACUUGAUAACUAACUGUACCUCACUGUCAUCUCCCAGUUUACUCAUUGCUUGGACCAAAGGUGGUGCUAAUAUGAAUUUUAAUUUUGAUAUUUAUGUUUUGUUUUGUCUUUGUUGGGUUUUGAAAGUAAGUGUGUGUGUGUGUGUGUGGUUGUUGUGGUUGUUUUUAAUUCAAAGGUGUAGCGUUCUGUUGAAUUAAAAAGUUCUUACCCUUGACAUCAGACUUCUUGUAACUUACAAAACGUAUUUGGGAUUCAGACAUUGUUGUAUGUUAAAACUGACCAUACUUGUUUGGCUUUGGGAGGGAGAGUUAAAGAAUACUCUAAUCUUCAAAUGCUUGCAAAUUGUAAGAUUUGAUUUGUGACUUAAAAAAUUUUUUUUUCAUUUGUUUACAUGGUCUCUAAUAUGUCUUAUGGGGAAAAAUAAAGUUUUUGAUCUUUUUAAUAGUG